AAUUGUGUGGCCAGCAGGACUGGGGCAGUGACCGUCCCCCCUGUGCAAGGCCCCGCCUCAAAUACUGUGUCCAGUUUUGGGCCCCUCACUACAGGAAAGACAUUGAGAUUCUGGAGCGAGUCCAGAGAACGGCAACGGAGCUGGCUGUACUGUGCUCCUUACAAAGAUGGAUUAUGCCAAGUCCCUGAGCCUGCGCCUGGCUGCCCCUGUCUCCAAAUGUGUCUCGGCAAGUGCCUCCAUGACCCAGCAGCUGCUGUCAAGCCCAGCCCCACGACCCCGACCCUUCCGUGUCUGCAACUGGGACCGCAGUCUGCGGAAGGGCAUCAUGGCACACAGCCUCGCUGAGCUGCUGCGCCAGGCUCAGAGCGCCCUGCUCGCCCCGGGUCUUGUCUCGCUGGUGCUGGAUGAGGAUGGAACAGUGGUGGAGACAGAGGCUUUCUUCCGGACGCUGGAGGAGGGCACAGUGCUGAUGGCUCUGAGCAAGGGGCAGACCUGGGCUCCUUCUAAGACCCCUGGUUACCAGCUGAGCCUGUCCCGCAAGCCCCCUCGGAGGAUCGACGUUGCGUGUGUCACAUUUGACCUCUACAAGACCAAUCCGCGGGACCUGGGCUGCCUCAAUGUCAAAGCCACGCUCUACGGCACCUACAGCAUGUCCUAUGACCUGCGCUGCUAUGGGGCCAAGCGGCUGAUGAAGGAAGCCCUGCGCUGGACGCUCUUCACCAUGCAGGCCACUGGCCACGUCCUGCUCGGCACCUCCUGCUACAUGCAGCAGCUUCUGGAUGCCACGGAGGAGCCGAAGGAGACGGAGACCAGCCCAGCACUUCAGAGCCUCCUGCCCUGCAGCCUCCCACCCUUGCCCCGCAGGAAGACACUGCAGUGAGGGUCGAGUGCCCUGUUCCCCCUCCUCUGUCAACCCCCCAGUCCCUGGGGCUCCCAGCACCCUGCUAGGUCAAUGCCUGGGGGGAGGCUGCCAUGGUGCCUGGCACAACCUCUCCUUGCACCCCGCUGGCUGAGCACAGCCAGCUCUUCUCUGUAAUAUCUACUACUCUGUAAAUAUAUUUAUUUAAGUAAAGCUCUA